AUGUUUGAUUCCACUUCCCUAUCGGAGACCAAUAAAGGGCCCACAGUGUCAUCACCUCACCCGAAAUCCUCAUUCUCGUCAGUAUCAGUAGCCCAGUCCCAAGCGCAAACCUCUUCGAAAUUGUCACUGUUGUACGAUAUUCCGUCAGAGCACGGAUUGACUGCCCAAAAGCCUCCUUCCAUCCAUUUUUAUCCAAGAUUAUCUUUGAGUUGGCCGUUUUUGGUCUCUACCAUACCACCACAACCCGGCUUAUCUAAGACCGUGAACAUACGCCUCUACAAAUUGACCCAUUUGCCAAGUUCCAUCUCUUGUCCUGCUGUAACCCUCACUAACCCCCCUAUCGACCACGCCCUGGAUGAUGCUGUCGUAUGCUGUAUCACUCUAGACCGAACGUAUUCUGAACACGGUGGCGGUACACUGCAUCUGUUCACUGGUUCGACUAAUGGUGAUGUACGGAAAUGGGAUUUGCAUGCAGGUAAACUGGUCAAUCAAAUCAAAGCUGCUGAUAUCUGCGCUAAUCUGUUGAGAUGCAUCGCUGUACGUAAAUAUCAGCAGGAUUCGGCUGAUAACAAUGAUAUUUUGCUGACCGGAGGAGCUCGUGGCGUGAUCGGUUUGUGGGAUCUGCGUGUUCCCGGUCCAGGUCGUCCACAGCAGACGUUCCGCCAUUCGGGGCAACCGUAUUCUGUUGUUUCGGAAUUGUAA